AGUGCCACAUAUUUCAGGCACUAUCAAACCACAUUUAACCAAAUCCUAUAUAUUUUUUUUUAUGUUUGAUCACCAAUACAACAUAUACACCUAUUUAUAUACUUUCUCUGUUUUUCUUUAUCUAUUUCAAGAACAAUGGCUAAUGAGAAUAUUCAAAACCAAGAUUUGAACUUGGUAUUGUCUAGUGAUGCUAAGCCUAGACUCAAAUGGACUCCUGAACUUCAUCAACGAUUUAUCGAUGCGGUUUCGCAACUUGGAGGCCCAGAGAAAGCUACACCAAAAUCUUUAAUGAGAGUAAUGGGCAUUCAUGGGCUUACUCUGUACCACCUAAAGAGUCAUUUGCAGAAAUAUAGGCUGGGAAAGGCUCAACAAUCACCCGCUUGUAGUGGAAGUAUGCAAGAAGAGUUUGCAGAUGAUCACAGAAGUGAUACCACUAGUACCGAUCACAACGAUGAAAUAACCCCAAAUAAUCAAAUUAACGAUAGUGUUUGUGAUGUCAGAAGCUUGAAGAUUGCUCAGGCUCUACAGAUGCAAAUGGAGGUACAGAGGAAGCUUCAUGAACAAAUAGAGGUACAAAGACAUUUGCAACUAAGAAUUGAGGCACAGGGGAAGUAUUUACAAUCGGUAUUACGAAAAGCCCAAGACACGCUUGCAGGGUACAAUUCAUCGGCUAUAGAAGUGGAAGUAGCGAAAGCCGAGCUUUCACAUUUAGUUUCAAUGGUGGACAAUGGAUGUCCGAGUUCUUUAUCAGUACUUACUGAGCUAGAAGAUUCAACCUUAAAAAAGGACAUUGAAGAAAACGCGAUAACAAAAUCAUCAUUGGAAAGCUCUUUGACAUCGUCUGAGAGUUCUGGGAGAAACGAAAACGAUCAUCUUGUUUUGUCAUUGAUGGAUAUGAACACCGCGGAAAAGAGUGCAAUGAGUAAUCUAAAGAAUGGAAGGAAGAGAAGUGGGAGUACAAUUUCUGAUGGUAAUUGUCAAGGGAAAAGAUUACAGAAAGAUUGCAAGAAGUUUGAUUUGAAUAGUCAAUAUGUGGAUGACUUUGACUUUGACUUUGAGUCAAGGUCAAACACAUUGGAUUUGAACUCCAAGUGAAGUAUGAGUUCAAUCGGGGAAAACUUUUGAUGGUCUUAUGUGACAUUGGUGAUGGAUGAAAGGUUUAUGCUAUAUAUGGAUGCUAUUUAGAUAAAAACAUAUCAAUAUCAUAUAGUAUGUAUAUCUAUAUCUCCAUUGAAAGAAGUAUAUAAAUAUGUAUUUUGGAAGGUAUGUGAACGUGUUUAUAUGCUCACAAGGCACAACAUUUAUGAUUACUUUAUAUUUUGUAUGUUUGUUUGCAAAA